AUGUCUUUGGUCUACUUGAAAGCGUUGAUGUGUGUUUGGGGAAUGUUCUGGAAUCUUCUUAUCAAUGCUGCUAUUCUGAAUGAUCGAGUGCUACGGAACUCUUCCACUUUCCUGUUGUUGGCGCUCCACUUCUUCGCGUGUACUGUGGAUGUGGGCUCGAGAUUGGUAUUCGAUGUUCCUUCUGAGAUUCUUAACCGGCCACUCUUCCGGCUGUCAGCCAACUACGAUGAUUUUCCAACCAAACUAUUCCACUUCACCACCUACUCAUGCUGGUUCAUCCAACUCUACUCCUUGAUUGCCAUCGCUGCCUCUCACAUUUUGGCCGUCUACGGCACCCUCUACUAUGCUCGUUUCACACAGAAAAAAACCAUCAUUGUUAUAAUCGCGAUUAUUUUUCUAUCCAUGCUCUCCGUAUGCUAUCUUUGGUCUCCCGAAUUCCCAAUCAUUUUCCAUCCGGAAUUCUGGGGGUGGUCUGAGACAAGAGGCAAACCAUUGGUCAACUUCUUCUUUUAUCUUAACUAUGUUGUUCAGGGUAUUGUUUUCUUCUGUCUCGCACUGACUGAUAUUUUGAUUGUUUACAAAUUGAGCACUAUUAAGGAAUCCGUCUUCGCCUCUGAAAAGAGUGCCACCGUUGCCCCACCACAAAUGGAAAUGAUGCAGGUGUCGGUGGUGAACAGCGGAAAUGCAGUAUUGGCUCCAAGGCGAACGACUCGAGUGUCCACCGAACUGAAAGUAUCCAUAAACUUCAUCAUCGUCUCGCUGUUUCUCCUUAUUCAGACACUCAUCUACAAUAUUUGUACACUAUACGAAGACAACAACCUCUGCCUCUUCCUGCUUUUUAUUGCACCCAUUUUCCGUGGAAGUAAAUGUCUCGCCUACUUGGUUUCCGGAAGUGCACUUCGAAACGCGAUCGCAAAUUUGGUGUUGUGUCGGAAGAAGUUCUGA